AGUUGGCCAAUGAGAGGCGAUUUAGGAAUCGACAAGAUGACAUCCCCCCCGCUAAACUCCAGGUCUGGAGAACAUCGUGUGAAAAUAGGGAAAGUCAAAAGACAGCGAUCCGGCUAAGGAGAAAGACGCACGUGGGAAACGGCCAGUGUUGAAUUUAUGCGAGUUAGGUAGACUGAUCGUCGUCAUAAACAUACGAAUUGAAAGAGUGGACUUGGCUCCUUUUCACUUAUCUGCUUUUUAAUGACACUUCAAUGAUGUAUAUAAAAGCAGAAUAACUACUUAUUUUUUUUAUCUCGCAUAGAAAGAAUAUAUUUGAAAACUUCGAAUAUCUUUUGUGCACAACGAACAUUUUGGACAGUGAUAUAAGUGAGAAUGAUAUGCGAGAUAAAACACUGGAUUAUUUCUUGCUUAUCUUUUUGAAUAUUGAAUUUUAAUCAGCUAACGACGACGUUAAUCACCGUCAACGAAUGACUUUUCACGAGAGACAACAGCUGUAAAAGUGCACUGAUAAUAAGAGGGAAACAAAAAGAGUUACAUAUUUCUCCCACGUAAUCGUUUGAUUCUAAAAACGAUACGUCAACUAAUCUUCAAAAACAGUACUUUAAGCUAGUUAAUACUUGCAGCAAUGCAAGGCAAAGAGUGAUUAUUUCAAUACUUUCGAACAAUCGAACAAAACAUUUUCCUAAAAAUUGUAAAGCAGAGAUGUCGUGCAAAGCAACAGGUGAUCACGUCAAGAGACCCAUGAAUGCAUUCAUGGUGUGGUCUCGCGGACAAAGACGGAAGUUGGCGCAAGAAAAUCCCAAAAUGCACAACUCGGAAAUCUCCAAACGUCUUGGGGCAGAAUGGAAAUUGUUAUCAGAGGCUGAGAAGCGUCCUUUCAUAGACGAAGCCAAACGACUGAGAGCCUUACAUAUGAAAGAACACCCAGACUACAAGUACAGGCCACGUCGAAAACCGAAACCACUCGUCAAGAAAGAGGCAACUUAUCUGCCAGGAGGGCUGGCUCAUCCUUUCCCUCCUCCUCUGGAACCGUUAACGGCGAGGUAUCCCCACAUCACCCAUCACUCACUGGAAAGUGAAAAAGCAGUCACAGCCAGGACUUUUCCACUGACUCCUUUACCUUACAUGUACAGCUCAAUGGACAGUGCUUUACCCAAACUGAGACCUGAAAUCGGACUCAUGAAACCCAGAGAUCUGACCGAUGGACCAUUAGCACCUCCACCCACAACUAUGUACAGCACCGCUAGUUCUUUGCUAUCGUCGCUAUCGCAGUCUCAUGCCGCGGCUUUCGGACCCCCCUACAGCCUCUGUGGUUGCGGGCCUCCCACGUACUUUCCGACCCCGGGCCCCUUGCCUAGUCACCAUGAACUGAGGUCGCCUUUUGCCUACCUGUUUGUCAAACCGGAGGAGAGGUUCCACAGGCAUUCUAGUCCACCUACACUACCGCCGAGUCCGAUCGUCUAGCGGUAAAUAUAUAAUGAAUUUUCAGUGUGUGACUGACUCGCUAUCCUACAAACUUUCAUUAGACUUUAGGAAAAGUGUUUUCCUUGUGAUUGAAAACAUAGUCAUUAUUUAGCACUUCAAACUGUUAGUCGGUCGUCUUUCAUUCGUAGUUUUUGUUUUUAUUGUGUUAAAAUAUGUGGUAAACUUUUUUUUUAUUUCUAUUCAUUGAAAGAUAAUCAUCUAACUUAAAGUAUUAGAAUUUAUGCUAGUAUCAAUUCAGUUUGUAAAUGCUCAUUUUAUUUUGUAUUUUCAGAUAUGGAAUAAGUUUUAAUAUUAUAAGUUAGAACAUUUAUAACUUUAAAAACUUUUAAAUAUUUAAAAUCUGAAUACUGUAAAAAAAAAUG